AUGGCGUCGUCGGAGCCCAAGGAAUCUCCUUCUAAUAACCCUGGUCUCCACCAGGAGCCGGACGAGGCCACCAGGGGAUACUUUCUACAGCAAACGGUCCGCUCCUCUUCGCCUGGGGAAAUAAAAUUCCAUUCGUGCGAUUGUCGAAGAAAAUGCCGGAUAUCUCAGUGAUUAAUUUAUUUCUCUUAUUUUUAUUUUUCUAUAAAAAUUGAUCAAACAGUCAAUACUUCGGUCCAUUGGGAUGUUUCUCUUCAUUUUCUAUCGAAACGCGCAUAACUAGGGGCUGUCUUCUCUAUGAACUGCGAUGUUUAAAGUUUCGUUCUGGCUAUAUUAUAAAUGCAUGUCCUCGGGAGUAUGACUACAUUUACCCUACACGGGUGCGAGAUUGCAUUUGAAUUAUUCUUCUGCCGCAACACCUAGAAUUUCACUUUUAGAAUCCCAUGCAUGCGAUUGACUGUUGCUUAUUUUCAGAUGUUUCGAAUUAAGGAUCCCAAAGCCAGCCUCGAUUUCUACUCCCGGGUCUUGGGCAUGAGGUGAAUCACCGAUGCGGUCUCUUCUUCCUCUCAAGCUCUUUUUCUAGGCAGUAGCCUUCAUGUUUCUUUUCUAAUCCUGUGGAUAUUUUUUUCUCUAUCAGAAAGUCGGAUUUCUAGCAUCUAUGGAAUUUUUAUUUGAGCUAAACCUUGUACUUAGAAAUCUUCUGGCUAUUAUGUUAGUGUAUGUAUAGAGUCCGCAGCGUGUCCAAAAGCAAGAUUUUAGCCCUAGCAGUCUCUUGGUGGUCACUCAUUCAACGACCAGAGACAGAUAUGUUUCUGCAAAAGUCGGAAAUUUUAGAAGCCGUCUAUCUAUAUAACCUUUUCUCGUAGAACUAAGACGACUCUUAUUCUUCAAAUAAACUUGAUAGCAUUAUAUAAACGCUGAAAAAAAGAAGUAUGUGUAUUCCAUACCCAAUUCAAAAUUCCAUUUGUAUCACAUAUGCCCUACACCGAUAUGGUCCAGGUUAUACAAAUAGCUCAGCAUUCACAGACCGUCAUAUUCGUCUACAUCUUCAUUACAAAUGCUCUUGCCCAUUCUUUGAUCGUAUGUCACACUAAAAAGUUACAUCAGCUGAGAUUCUUUCCCUUUUGAAAAAUGGUAUAUUUCUCUCUAUCCACGGAUCCUAAAAGUUCGCUGAAGGAUGACCCAACAACUUUUCUGAUCCGUUUUUUAUGUUCAGUGCCAACUUCUUGUUUGGCAUGAUUCAUCUAACUCGCUUUAAUAUACCGUUAUAUGCCUAUCACACAGUACGCCAUCUACCAGAUUUCAUGAGAAAAAGAAUUCUGAAGUUAAAAAUUCUUAUAAGACUAUACUUCACAUCCAUUUUGAUUGCAUGCAGUGCGAAUGCUAUUAAACAAACGAACCUUGAGAAUAGCAUGUAGCUAGUUUCCUCUGUGAGGGGGUCGCAACAAAUUUUACCUGUAAGUGGAGACGGAUUUCUUAAACCCAAUUCGCUGCUGUCUGUAACCUAUAUGUGCUACGAAUUGAUACGCUAGUUGUUCUGAAAAAGAUGCCUCCUUUCUUCAAUCCUCAAUGCCGUAUGUCUGCCUUAGAUCUUCCUAAGGAGGCCACUUCUCGAGUGAGUGUUGAAGUUAUUCUGGUCACUAGAUCUCUUCCUACCUGACAUACCUCUUGACUCUUGGCUACUACUAUGUUCUUCCUUGUCCCAUGACAAAAGGCAUGUGCAACACUGAUGCAGGAAUAUUCUGCUGCACACAAGGCACUGAAAUUGUUUGCCAAAAGCUGAGGUCUCAAGCAAUCCGUCUUUCCAAAAUGAAAAUCUUUACCUUUUUUUUCCUUUGGUGACAAACCACAAUUACAUGGAAAAGAUAAGCACUAGAGAGAACAAUCUAGGAGGAGAAAAUAAGCAUAUCAAGAAAAGUAUAUAAAGAAGACAAAUCCGUAAAAGCACUCUCCUCAUUUAAUAAGAACUUAAUUAACAUAAUGAAGAUAAAAUUUCUUUUCCUGCUGCCCACUCAAUGCAAUAUAUGUAGUCAGUAGCGUUUCCUUUUACAAAGUUACCAGGGAUUAUGUCUCCUUGCUUACCUCUUAUGAAAUACUUCUAUUCACUCACCUCCCCAUCUUCAGUUCCCUCUUCCGUAGCCAAUUACCUACGUUCAAAAGUUGAAUCAUGUUGAAAAUUUUACCAUCAUAAUACCCUCGGUUCUUUGCACGUUCCUGAUGUAUACAAAGACGAAUAAUAGAUUCAUCUUAGUAACCAGUUUCAAUCUGCCUGAUUUGUGUGAAUAUCUGAAAUGCGUAUCUUCCUCUUUUAAAAAGCAUCAACUUCCCUUUCCAAUGGCCAUAUCUUUUCUGUUUGUGUGUUUCUUUUGUCCUUUAGGUUUACAGUGCGAUAUUCUUAGAGUUUUGCAUCACUAUUUGGAUUACUGGUUGGGUUGAGUUUGCUUUUGCCAGGAUUCUUGACAAGAAUUAAUUGUACGUGUGCUUCUUGCUAAUUUAUUCCAAAUCCACCAGGUUACUGAAGAGGUUGGAUUUUGCUGAAAUGAAAUUUAGCUUGUACUUUCUGGGUUAUGAGGUAGUACUAGCCUUCAUUUUCAAAUUGCUUGAUAAGAUUUCUGAAGAUAUGACCAACAGAAGCCUGUUUGUCCUUUAUAUCAUGUGAAGAAUCCUGAAUCGGGUCCAGCUGACCCAACAGAGCGCACUGUCUGGACAUUUGGUCAGAAGGCGACUCUGGAGCUUACACAGUAAGAAUAUAAUGAUGUUGCCUUUUAAAGUAUAGUAUUCCCAACUAAAAUAUUGUAAUUUUUAGCCUGUGGUCGUGCUUUUUUAUAUGUAUUUCCUUUUCACUUUUGCUUUAAUGUUACCUUUUGAUUUUGAAUGCGUCCUCAGUAACUGGGGCACAGAAAGCGAUCCUGAAUUUAAAGGAUACCACAAUGGAAACUCUGAGCCUCGUGGAUUUGGUACGGACCACUGUAACAUCUUUUUUAAGAAAAUAUUUGAACACUUUCAUAUGAAGCUUAGUGACAACAGAUUUCACAAGGCCUUACCCAUCCACAUAAAGAGAGAUAUAGAAUAUAAUCCUAUGUUUCUGAUUUUUUAAAUUUCAUCCUUUAGGUCACAUUGGAAUCACAGUUGAUGAUACAUACAAGGCAUGUGAAAGAUUUGAACGCUUGGGAGUUGAAUUUGUAAAAAAGCCUGAUGAUGGUACGUUAUUUGUCCAUGGAUAUUACGACAGUUCCCAUCCCAUAUAGUCCAUGGCUUCUAAUAUGCAGACAACCGCCGUCUUUGUCUUUGCUUUGAGUACAGUUCGUUAUAGUUUCUGAGUGGAUGAGGAUUUGUUUUUCUUGUUUUUUUUUCUGCGGAAAACAUUUUCUGGUUACUUAAUUGUUGUUGGACGAACUCUUGGUUUUCUGCAGUUAGAUGAUUUCCGUCUGACCAGGAUCAUCUUAUAUUCCUGUUUUGUCACCAUGUUGCUUUCAACGGUUGGUGAAACUGAUUUCAUGCUGAUGUGUGUUCCUCUACUUUACUCAAGGGUGCCUUUCUUGGUUUCAUUGAUUAUUGGAUAUCUGUUUUCAUGCUUUUCUGAAUGGUAAAAAAGUGAUGUCUUCCUUUCCUCGGAGUCUUUAUCUAUGACAUUCAUUCUGGGAGAUCAUGCAAAUUGUCAUGGGGUUUUUUUCUUCGAGAUCUUAAUGUUCAUAUCGCUCAAAGUCAUUAUCAACGCAAGUAUGCUCGAGAACUGCAUGCAUUAUUACACCCUCGAGCGUGAUCAUAAGAGGAACAUAGUACCGUCUGUCUGACUCCAGAAUUGGCUCCUCUCGUAUUUUGGCCUCUUGACACUAAUUUCUUCUGAUUUGACUCCAGAGUUGUCUCAUUGUUUUUUAGACACUAAUUUUGUUUCAAAUUACUGUAAUUCUUAUUGCACAUGCUACGGGCUCCCUGAAGAUACCCUUUUUCAGAUUGAUUUUGCACGUACGGUGCAUCCAACUGAAGUGGACGAUCUUCUGUGUUUCCCCAAAAAAAUGGCGGCCUUCUGUUGGUUAAAGAUUUAAUACUUUGUUGAAGAAAAAUCUGUUUAGCAUGAGAAGAUACGCAUUGCAUUGUCACGAAGGAGGAAAUCAUGUUUAAACCUGGUAAAACUAGUGUUGGAAAUUAAAAAUUGCAUUUCUGUAGCAGUGCCAGAAUGUGGUUGUUAUUUUCUGCAUCCUUCAAUCCUAUUUAUGGUAGUGCCAUUGGAUUAUCUAGCAUAUCAAUAUCGUCAACUGGUUAUAAUUUAGCUGGGGUAACUAUGGAACUGGAAUUCAAGCUUGGGGAUCUAGUGAGUGUGACAAAGGAUGGGAGGCUGUCGCUCACUUUAAUUAAAAGUUCUCCCCGCAUGUAGAUUCUGGCCUCUAUAUACAGCACCGCCCGUCUUCUUAAAAAAGAAACGGAUCUAAUGAACAAAUGGCUACACUUUGCCUCUCUGUGGUACCUCUUUCUCUUGCAGGUUCGUUAUAACUUGUGCUCUUUUAUCUUUAAUUUGAAAGAUGCUAAACUUUUUUUCUGCAUUAUGCAGGAAAAAUGAAGGGAUUGGCGUUUAUAAAGGACCCCGAUGGCUAUUGGAUAGAGAUAUUUGACCUCAAGAGGAUUGGAGGCAUAAGUGCUGGAGCUUCCUGA